UGGUUCCUAUGAGCUGACAGUUUGGUAUUUAAAGAACAAAUGGACAUAGGCACAGAAGUCAUGCCUUUUCCAUGGAUAAGAUUGAGAUUUUCUGAGAUUUCCAAGACAAGGUUGACCUGUCACGGGAUAGUAUUUUCAAUCCUUCUCAUUUAAUUAAAAAAAAAAAAAAAAAAAAGCCUGCACUUCUGUAGAUUUUUGUUGGACAUUCUUGUUAGUAUCUUAGAUUACUAUGAUGUUCUAAGUUGAAUAUAGGCAUGAAUUUUCAUAAUAGAACACUUGUUAUAUCAUAUGUAUUCCCAUUGCAGGUCAUUUUCCCACCAAACUGUAAGCUUCUUCAAGGCAGGAAGACCUUUUAUUCGCCUCUGACUUGUCCCAAACCAAGUAAUGCCUGCAAAUAUCAAGUACCCAAUAAAUGAGUGUUAAUUACACCACUCACCCCCAAUCCUUUCAUUUCCUGUAGGCUCUAAAUAUUUCUGUGUGUGCAAAGGAGUAGCAAUGGAGGAAUGUGGAGAUAGGGUUCACAGAUACCAAAUAAAAGUAAAAGACAUGGCCAUCAAUGCUGAUGGAUAUUUACCAGAUAGUAAUGGUGCUCAGAAUCAGUUUGCUAAUCAAGUCUCCUUAGUUUUAGGGUUGUUAUGUGGAAGAGGUAGGAAUGACCUACAGUAUCAGGCAAUUCUCUUAAAAAUCAAUAUCUGGAUAUAUAUCUCUCCCACCCCUCAACCACCAUUUUUUCUUCCUUUCUAUAGAUUAGGUAUGGUGUAAACCAUUAUACUUACAGUGGAAAUGAGCUUGCUAACCUGUGAUACCUUACCAGUCCUUGGAUUUACUGGUACAUUUGGCUAAUCUCAUAUUUCCCUUUUUACAUUUUUCACUGGAAUCCUAAGAUAACAUAAACUGGUGAAACCUGGUUUAGGUAUCUAAAAUACUUAACUUGGGAAAGUGAGCUGCAAAUAUUAAAAAUCAUUAGCUGCCUUAAUUGUUGCUUUUUCAACUCAGUGAUACCAUUAUAUCCUCUCUCCUCAGCCUUUGAACGUACUUCCUAGUCUCUUCCAUGAGUAAACAUUUGAAGAUUAAACAUUUGAAGAUUCUACCUUGUUAAUAUGUAAUAUUAACUGAUACUGUUUUUCAUAAGGGGUUUAGCUGUGCCUGGUCACCUUAUAUAAUGCUGCUUUAAAAACAUCACCAUCACUGAUGCGUUAUAAAACAUUUAUUCUGGACAACAUAGUAUGCAGAACACUUUCCAUUAAUUACUAGAAAUCUCUUGAAGAGGACACUGCCCACAAUGGGAAUUAUUUUUAUUUUAGAUGCUUGUACUAGAAAAAUAUACUUCACUCAGAGUAAAUGAUAAGACUGGGUGCCUCAUCAAUAUCAUGGUUUCUAAAUUUCUGUAGACCAUUCAGUUGUGACAGGUCUAAUGCUCUAACGGUAACAAAAUAUUAGUUUUAUUAAGAACUUUAGGGUUAAGCUCUUGGAUUUUUGUAGCACCUCUUCUACUCUUUUGUUCAAGUGCCAAGUAUUAAUUCCUUUCAGCUUGUAAGUAAAAUGUGGUUCAGAAUGCUACCUCUAUUUGUAGCAUUAGGAAAAAAUGCUGUAUUUAUAAUAAUUCUCCACAACAUUGGUUUAUUUUAGCAUCAAUUUCCUCUCCUCCGUUAUGAUUUUUAAUGGAGUCCUUAUUGGUGUUUUUUUUCUUGACCUACUUUCUUUUCAAUAGCUUUCAUAUAUAGCCUGUUUUCAUUGUUGGUGAUUUCUGUAGAGUCUAGUAGAGUCUAAAUCACGGUGAAACAGAGUAGUUAGUUAUUACUUAUUGUAGAAAUGUUUUCGUGGUUUAAAAAUCAUCUGGUCUGUUCAUAUUCUGACUUCUUUUAAACUAUGCUUUUCAUGAAUUUGCUUCAUUCUCCAGACUGAGGAUUGAACCUCAUUCUGCUCUGACCCAAUUGUUCUUUUCCUUUGUUGCCUCCACCCCCUAGAGAAUGUGUUUCCAGGGGACAGGCGUUCUUGGGGCUGAAGAGGAGGAGAGUCAAGUGAGACGAGAUCUGGUACCUCACGCACUAGAUCCCUCCUCUCCGGCCUGGUGAGAAGUCAGAGACAAUUUUGACAGUUCAUAGUCCUGCCUCGGCUCUCACGCUUGCGGUCCAUGGGCGGGUUUUACCUUCUCUCUCUUCCUCUGCUUCUGGCCUGCUUACAGGCCAACAGCAAAUGCAGCCAUUGCCCGAGGCCACUCAGAACUCUCCCUGUGCCAUCCUCUUGGGGAACAGGAGGAUAUGUCCGUAGAAGACUUCGGGGACUGGGGAAAGCCACGCCAGGAUCGGGACGCCGGAGAGGGUCGCCCCUCCCUAGGCUUUUUCCCGUCGCGGCGCCCACGUGACCGAGAGCAGGCCUUCACCAGCCCGCCCCUUUCAGCCGCUACUGCCCACUUCCCGCUCGGGGUGCGUACGCGACGGAGCGGGGUGUGAAGAUGGCGGACGAAGAGGCCGAGCAGGAGAGGUUGAGUCGCGGCGAAGGCGGCUGCGUCGCGGAGCUGCAGCGCCUGGGCGAGCAGCUCCAGGAGCUAGAGCGACAGCUGCGGGAGAGCCGGGUACCGGCCGUGGAAGCGGCCACCGACUACUGUCAGCAGCUGUGCCAGACACUCCUAGAAUAUGCAGAGAAAUGGAAAACUUCAGAAGAUCCUUUACCUUUAUUGGAGGUAUACACAGUGGCUAUCCAAAGUUACGUUAAAGCCCGACCUUAUCUUACCUCUGAAUGUGAAAAUGUAGCCUUGGUUCUGGAACGCUUGGCAUUAAGCUGUGUUGAACUUUUACUGUGUCUGCCUGUUGAGUUAUCAGAUAAACAGUGGGAACAAUUUCAGUCACUGGUGCAGGUAGCUCAUGAAAAGCUGAUGGAGAAUGGCAGCUGUGAAUUGCAUUUUUUAGCUACUCUAGCUCAAGAGACUGGGGUGUGGAAAAACCCGGUACUGUGCACUAUUCUUUCCCAGGAACCAUUGGAUAAGGAUAAAGUGAAUGAAUUUUUAGCUUUUGAGGGUCCCAUCUUGUUGGAUAUGAGAAUUAAACACCUAAUCAAAAUACAUCAGUUAAGUCAAGCAACUGCUCUAGCAAAGCUGUGUUCUGACCAUCCAGAGAUUGGUACAAAAGGUAGUUUUAAGCAAACUUACCUUGUCUGUCUUUGUACAUCAUCACCAAAUGAAAAGUUAAUUGAAGAGAUUUCAGAAGUUGAUUGCAAAGAUGCACUGGAAAUGAUCUGUAACUUAGAAUCUGAGGGUGAUGAAAAAAGCGCUCUUGUCUUAUGUACUGCAUUUUUGUCACGUCAGCUCCAACAAGGAGAUAUGUACUGCGCUUGGGAACUUACUCUCUUUUGGAGUAAAUUACAACAAAGAGUAGAACCAUCUAUACAAGUGUACCUUGAGAGGUGUCGUCAACUUUCUUUGUUAACGAAAACAGUAUAUCACAUUUUCUUCCUGAUUAAAGUUAUUAAUUCAGAGACUGAAGGGGCUGGACUUGCUACCUGUAUAGAACUGUGUGUAAAAGCUCUUCGCUUGGAGUCUACAGAAAAUACUGAAGUGAAAAUAUCUAUUUGCAAGACCAUUUCAUGUUUGUUGCCUGAUGAUCUGGAAGUAAAACGUGCUUGUCAACUGAGUGAAUUUCUUAUUGAGCCUACAGUAGAUGCGUAUUAUGCUGUGGAAAUGUUGUAUAAUCAGCCAGACCAGAAAUAUGAUGAAGAGAAUCUUCCAAUACCAAAUUCUCUACGCUGUGAGCUGUUACUUGUGUUGAAAACUCAGUGGCCCUUUGAUCCAGAAUUCUGGGAUUGGAAAACCUUGAAACGACAAUGCCUUGCAUUAAUGGGGGAAGAAGCAUCCAUUGUGUCUUCAAUAGAUGAACUGAAUGACAGUGAAGUAUAUGAAAAAGUAGACUACCAAGAAGAGAGUAAAGAAACUUCUAUGAAUGGACUUUCUGGUGGAGUUGGUGCUAAUUCUGGCCUUCUUAAAGACAUUGGUGAUGAAAAGCAGAAGAAGAGAGAGAUAAAACAGUUAAGAGAGAGGGGAUUUAUAUCUGCUAGGUUUAGGAAUUGGCAAGCCUACAUGCAGUAUUGUGUGUUGUGUGACAAAGAAUUCCUUGGUCACAGAAUAGUACGACAUGCUCAGAAACAUUACAAAGAUGGAAUUUAUAGUUGCCCCAUAUGUGCAAAGAACUUUAAUUCUAAAGAAACUUUUGUCCCUCAUGUCACACUGCAUGUUAAACAAUCUAGUAAAGAGAGACUAGCAGCUAUGAAACCGUUAAGAAGAUUGGGAAGGCCUCCAAAGAUCACAACUGCCAAUGAAAAUCAGAAGACUAAUACUGUGGCUAAACAAGAGCAGCGACCUAUAAAAAAGAAUAGUCUCUAUUCAACAGAUUUUAUAGUGUUUAAUGACAAUGAUGGUUCAGACGAUGAGAAUGAUGACAAAGAUAAAUCCUAUGAGCCAGAAGUGAUUCCAGUCCAGAAACCAGUACCUGUUAAUGAAUUUAAUUGCCCUGUAACUUUUUGUAAAAAGGGCUUUAAGUACUUUAAAAAUUUAAUUGCUCAUGUAAAGGGGCAUAAAGAUAAUGAAGAUGCUAAGCGCUUUCUUGAAAUGCAGAGCAAAAAAGUUAUUUGCCAGUACUGUAGGCGGCAUUUUGUGAGUGUUACUCAUCUCAAUGAUCACUUACAGAUGCACUGUGGCAGUAAACCAUAUAUCUGUAUACAGAUGAAAUGUAAAGCUGGUUUUAAUAGUUAUGCCGAGCUUUUAACCCACCGAAAGGAGCAUCAAGUCUUUAGAGCAAAAUGUAUGUUUCCUAAAUGUGGAAGAAUUUUUUCAGAAGCUUAUUUACUGUAUGAUCAUGAAGCACAACAUUAUAAUACGUACACUUGCAAGUUCACAGGUUGUGGCAAAGUUUAUCGUUCUCAGGGUGAGCUGGAAAAGCAUCUGGAUGAUCACAGUACUCCUCCUGAAAAAGUGCUGCCUCCUGAAGCCCAACUUAAUUCAUCUGGAGAUUCCAUUCAGCCUUCUGAAGUGAAUCAGAACACAGCAGAGAAUACUGAGAAAGAAAGAUCUGUGCUUCCUUCAGAAAAUAACAUUGAAAACAGCUUACUGGCAGAUAGAAGUGAUGCUUGGGAUAAAAGCAAAGCAGAAUCAACUGUGACCAAACAAGACCAGAUUUCUGCCUCUGAGCUCAGGCAAGUUAAUGGACCGUUGUCAAAUGGUUUGGAAAACUCUGCUACUACUCCUCUGCUUCAAUCCAGUGAAGUAGCUGUGUCCAUUAAGGUGUCUCUCAAUCAGGGGAUUGAGGAUAACUUUGGAAAGCAAGAAAACUCAACUGUGGAAGGCAAUGGUGAAUCUCUGGUUACAGACUUACAUACACCAGUUGAAGAUACUUGUAAUGAUUUAUGUCAUCCAGGUUUCCAGGAGAGAAAAGAACAAGAUUGCUUUAAUGAAGCCCAGGUUACUCAGAAUUCUUUAGUAAAUUCAGAAACUCUCAAAAUAGGUGACCUUACCCCACAAAACUUAGAAAGACAAGUGAACAACUUGAUGACCUUUUCUGUGCAAAAUCAGGCAGGAUUUCAAAACAAUUUACCAACUUCCAAAUUUGAAUGUGGAGAUAAUGUUAAAACAUCAUCCAAUCUUUAUAAUUUACCUCUUAAGACAUUAGAAAGUAUUGCAUUUGUUCCGCCACAGCCCAAUCUAAGUAAUUCAUUAGGAACCCCAUCAGUGCCUCCAAAAGCUCCAGUUCAGAAAUUCAGCUGCCAGGUCGAGGGAUGUACUCGAACCUAUAACUCUUCACAGAGUAUUGGGAAACACAUGAAGACAGCACACCCUGACCAAUAUGCUGCAUUUAAAAUGCAGCGCAAAAAUAAAAAAGGUCAGAAAGCUAACAACUUAAAUACACCAAAUAAUGGAAAGUUUGUUUAUUUUUUGCCAUCACCGGUGAACAGCUCAAAUAAUGCAUUUUUUACAUCACAGACCAAAGCCAAUGGGAAUCCUACUUGUUCGGCCCAGUUGCAGCAUGUCUCGCCUCCCAUUUUUCCAGCUCAUUUAGCAAGUGUGUCAACUCCAUUGUUGUCCUCAAUGGAAAGUGUCAUAAAUCCAAAUAUAACUUCUCAGGAUAAAAAUGAACAAGGUGGUAUGUUAUGUUCCCAAAUGGAAAAUUUACCUAAUACUGCCUUGCCAGCACAAAUGGAAGAUCUAACCAAAACAGUUCUGCCUUUGAAUAUUGACAGUGGCUCAGAUCCUUUCCUUCCUUUACCUGCAGAAAGUAGUUCAAUGUCUCUCUUCCCUUCACCAGCAGAUAGUGGGACUAAUUCUGUUUUUUCCCAACUGGAAAAUAAUACAAAUCAUUAUUCCUCACAGAUGGAAGGAAACACUAAUUCCUCCUUUCUAAAGGGGGGUAAUGGUGAAAAUGCAGUUUUUCCUUCACAAGUGAAUGUUGCAGAUAACUUCAGUAGCACCAAUGACCAACAGUCUGCACCUGAAAAAGUUAAAAAAGACCGUGGGCGGGGCCCAAAUGGGAAGGAAAGAAAACCUAAGCACAACAAAAGGGCUAAAUGGCCUGCAAUUAUCAGAGAUGGGAAAUUUAUCUGUAGCAGAUGUUACAGGGCUUUUACUAAUCCCAGAUCACUGGGUGGGCACUUAUCCAAGCGAUCUUACUGUAAACCACUGGAUGGAGCCGAAAUUGCUCAAGAACUUCUACAGAGUAAUGGACAGCCUUCUCUUCUUGCCAGCAUGAUUCUCUCCACAAAUGCAGUAAAUUUGCAGCAGCCACAACAAUCUACCUUCAAUCCAGAAGCAUGCUUUAAAGAUCCAUCAUUUCUACAGCUGCUUGCUGCUGAAAAUCGCUCGCCAACAUUUUUACCAAAUACAUUUCCUCGACCUGGUGUGACUAACUUUAAUACCAGUGUCAGUCAAGAAGGUAGUGAAAUUAUUAAACAGGCUUUGGAAACUGCUGGCAUUCCCAGUACAUUUGAGGGUGCCGAGAUGCUUUCUCAUGUUUCAACAGGUUGUGUCUCUGAUACACCACAAGUAAAUGCAACAGUGAUGCCAAAUCCAACUGUGCCACCCCUGUUGCAGACUGUAUGCCAUCCAAACACCUUGCUGACCAACCAGAAUAGGACAUCAAACUCCAAAACUUCCUCCAUUGAGGAAUGUAGCAGCUUGCCUGUUUUUCCAACGAAUGACUUACUACUGAAGACUGUUGAAAAUGGUUUGUGCUCUAGUUCAUUUCCUAAUUCUGGUGGGCCAUCACAAAAUUUUACCAGUAACAGUUCUCGUGUUUCUGUUAUAAGUGGUCCUCAGAACACAAGAUCCAGUCAUUUAAAUAAAAAGGGAAACAGUGCUUCUAAGAGAAGAAAGAAAGUUGCUCCUCCACUAAUUGCACCUAAUUCUUCCCAAAACUUGGUAACAAGUGACUUAACAACAAUCGGACUCAUAGCAAAGAGUGUUGAAAUCCCAACUACUAACCUUCACUCAAAUGUAAUUCCAAGUUGUGAACCUCAGAGUUUGGUGGAAAAUCUAACACAGAAGUUAAAUAAUGUUAACAAUCAGUUAUUUAUGACUGAUGUAAAAGAGAAUUUCAAAACCAGUAUUGAGUCCCAUACAGUGUUAGCCCCUUUAACAUUAAAAACUGAAAAUGGUGAUUCCCAAAUGAUGGCUUUGAAUUCAUGCACAACUUCAAUAAAUUCUGAUUUGCAGAUUUCUGAAGACAAUGUUAUACAAAACUUUGAGAAGACUCUUGAAAUUAUUAAAACUGCUAUGAAUUCUCAAAUACUUGAGGUAAAAAGUGGAUCUCAGGGUGCUGGUGAAACAUCACAAAAUGCUCAAAUAAAUUAUAACAUUCAGCUUCCUUCAGUAAACACUGUGCAAAAUAACAAAUUACCUGAUUCUUCUCAGUUUUCCUCCUUUAUAAGCGUCAUACCAACAAAAAGUAACAUUCCUCAGUCUGACGUAUCACAUAAGGAGGAUCAAAUACAGGAAAUUUUAGAAGGCUUACAGAAACUAAAAUUAGAAAAUGACCUGUCCCCUCCAGCAUCCCAGUGUGUACUGAUAAAUACAUCAGUGACACUGACUCCCACGCCUGUUAAAUCAACUGCAGAUGUCACAGUUGUUCAGCCAGUUUCUGAAAUGAUAAACAUUCAAUUUAAUGACAAAGUUAAUAAACCCUUUGUGUGUCAAAACCAAGGCUGUAACUACAGUGCUAUGACAAAGGAUGCACUAUUUAAGCACUAUGGUAAAAUUCAUCAGUACACUCCAGAAAUGAUUCUUGAAAUUAAGAAGAAUCAAUUGAAAUUUGCUCCCUUUAAAUGUGUAGUACCUACAUGUACAAAAACAUUUACAAGAAAUUCUAACCUCCGGGCACACUGUCAAUUGGUGCAUCAUUUUACAACUGAAGAAAUGGUAAAGUUAAAAAUUAAAAGGCCUUAUGGAAGAAAAUCUCAGAGUGAAAAUUUGUCAGCCCCACGAAGUACACAAGUGAAAAAACAGCUAGCUAUGACAGAGGAAAAUAAAAAGGAAUCUCAGCCUGCUUUAGAAUUGAGAGCAGAGACCCAAACUACCCACAGUAAUGUAGCAGUGAUCCCAGAAAAACAACUUGUAGAAAAAAAAAGCCCUGACAAAACAGAAAGUUCUUUACAGGUGAUUACAGUUACUUCAGAACAAUGUAAUACAAAUGCACUCACAAACAUACAAACCAAAGGACGGAAAAUUAGGAGGCAUAAAAAAGAAAAGGAGGAGAAAAAACGAAAGAAGCCAGUUUCCCAAUCCCUUGAGUUUCCAACAAGAUACAAUCCUUACAGACCUUAUCGAUGUGUUCACCAGGGAUGCUUUGCUGCCUUUACGAUACAGCAAAACUUGAUUCUCCAUUACCAGGCUGUACACAAAUCAGAUCUACCUGCAUUUUCAGCAGAGGUCGAAGAGGAAAGUGAAGCUGGCAAAGAAAGUGAAGAAACUGAAACUAAACAAACUUUGAAAGAAUUUCGAUGUCAGGUAAGUGACUGUUCUCGAAUUUUCCAAGCAAUUACUGGCCUAAUACAACACUACAUGAAACUUCAUGAAAUGACUCCUGAAGAAAUUGAAAGUAUGACUGCUUCAGUGGAUGUUGGGAAAUUUCCGUGUGACCAGUUAGAGUGUAAAUCUUCAUUUACUACAUAUUUGAACUAUGUUGUUCAUCUAGAGGCAGACCAUGGAAUUGGACUAAGGGCAAGUAAAACCGAAGAAGAUGGUGUAUACAAAUGUGAUUGUGAAGGCUGUGACCGUAUAUAUGCAACCCGGUCAAAUCUCCUCCGACACAUUUUUAAUAAGCAUAAUGACAAACAUAAGGCUCAUUUGAUUCGCCCAAGAAGAUUAACACCUGGUCAGGAAAAUAUGUCAAGCAAGGCAAACCAGGAAAAAUCAAAGUCUAAACAUCGGGGAACGAAACACAGCAGAUGUGGAAAGGAAGGAAUAAAAAUGCCCAAGACCAAACGAAAGAAAAAAAAUAAUUUAGAAAACAAGAAUGCAAAGAUUGUGCAGAUUGAAGAAAAUAAGCCUUAUUCUCUGAAACGUGGGAAGCAUGUAUAUUCUAUAAAGGCUAGAAAUGAUGCCCUGUCUGAGUGUACAAGCAGAUUUGUAACCCAGUAUCCAUGUAUGAUAAAGGGAUGUACUUCGGUUGUUACAAGUGAAAGCAAUAUAAUUAGACAUUAUAAGUGCCAUAAAUUAUCUAAGGCAUUUACAUCGCAACACCGAAAUCUUCUUAUUGUAUUCAAACGGUGUUGCAACUCACAAGUAAAGGAAACGUCUGAGCAAGAAGGUGCUAAGAAUGACGUGAAAGAUUCUGACACGUGUGUAUCAGAGAGCAAUGAUAAUUCAGGAACAACAGCUACAGUUUCACAAAAGGAAGUUGAAAAAAAUGAAAAAGAUGAAAUGGAUGAACUAACAGAAUUGUUUAUUACAAAAUUAAUAAAUGAAGAUAGCACAAGUGUAGAGACCCAGGCUAUUACUUCUUCAAAUGUGAUUAACGAUUUUCAGGAAGAUAACCCCUGCCAGUCAGAAAGACAAAAAGCAAGUAAUUUGAAGAGAGUUAAUAAAGAAAAAAAUGUCUCACAAAAUAAAAAAAGGAAAGUUGAAAAAGCUGAACCAGCAUCGGCAGCUGAGUUAAGUAGCGUGCGUAAAGAAGAAGAAACUGCUGUUGCCAUUCAAACCACUGAGGAGCGUCCUGCAUCUUUUGACUGGAGCUCUUUUAAGCCAAUGGGAUUUGAAGUAUCAUUUCUGAAGUUUCUUGAGGAGUCUGCAGUGAAGCAGAAGAAAAAUAUUGACAAAGACCAUCCAAAUACUGGAAACAAAAAAGGAUCCCAUUCAAAUUCAAGAAAAAAUACUGAUAAGACUGCUGUGACUAGUGGAAAUCAUGUAUGUCCUUGUAAAGAAAGCGAAACGUUUGUACAGUUUGCCAAUCCAUCACAGCUUCAGUGCAGUGAUAAUGUAAAAAUUGUUUUAGACAAGAAUCUUAAAGAUUGCACUGAGCUUGUCUUAAAGCAGCUUCAGGAAAUGAAACCUACCGUCAGUCUGAAAAAACUUGAAGUACAUUCAAAUGAUCCAGAUAUGUCUGUUGUGAAAGAUAUCAGUAUAGGUAAAGCCACAGGCAGAGGUCAGUACUGAUAAUUAAUGUAGUAUAAAUACAUCAUUUACCAUUUUAUUUUAAAUAGGAAGCCAUCAAGCAUGCUAGAAUUGUGGAACUUUCAUUAUAUUUUUUGUUGUUGUCAUGAAUUAACCUGGCCAAAAACAAAAAACAAACAAAAAAAAAAACAUGACAUUGUCAUGUAAAACUUUUUUUUUUAUCCCUAUGGGACUUGAGGAACAGAAUCAGUACUUCAGUUAUUGUAAAUAGCUAAACCUCAAAUUUCUAUCACCCAAUUGCCCUUUUCAUGAACUAAACAAUUAUCUGUGUGAUUGGUAUGUUUCACCAGGUCACUGCUCAUGUAUAACAGUACUCUUUAUUUGUAGAUACCUUUUUUGUAUAUAUUUAUUAUUGUAAAUCAUGUGCUGCCACCAGCAGUCUGUAAGUCUAAACUAUUAAAUGACACAUUUAUAUUUGGAAUUUUAAUUUUUAACUAAGCGAUCAAGUUUUUUAAAUUGUUCUUUUAUUGUUUUAAAUUAAGAACUUUUUGAACUAAAACCAGAAACUCUGCCAUAGUUCAUUGAUUUUUACAUGAAACAUUUAUUUACAAGAUGAUAUCAAGAUUACUUUUCACAAAAUAGGCACAUUAUAUCAACACUUUGCUCUGCUUUGUGAAUUUGCCAUCCAGGAUUUUGGGGUGGUAUUCAUGUGAAAUUAAAGCAGAUUCUUUAGCAGUUUCCUAUAGCUACAGUUUUGGUUUUUGUUUUUUUUUUUUCCUCAUUGCUUCUAAUUGGAUAUAGUUACUAUGAGUCCAUGAAAUAUAAUGGAAAUGUGAAUAAAGAAUUUACUACAUUGAAGAUUUUAAACAUUUGGUAUUAAAAAAAAAAUCCUUUGUGAAUGUGAUAGAAAACUAGUAGUGUGGAGCAGUGUAAAUAUUUGAGGUGGUGAUUUGUGAAGUAGCCCAGUAUUGCCUUAAAUAAAAUCACAUUUCAUUUCUUGUUUUAUACAUGUGAUCUUAUAAAGAUUUUUUGUUUUGUUUUCCAUUUUCUGAGAUUUAUAGAUUGGUGUAUAGCUUUAAACUGUAUAAAGUUUUGUGGAAAGAUUUUUUUAAACAUUUUUAUAAAUCUUAAAAUUGAUAUCAUCAAAGUGAGCCCAUCUUGUGUUUAUAAAAUACAAGAGUCCUUAACAUUUAUAAUUACAUAGAUAAAACACUUUCUAUAAGGAAGUUGGAUGUUUUGAUUUUACUGUUUAUAGAUGUUAGAUUGUACAGAUUUGUCUGUAUUUCUCACCAUAUCUAAUGAUACUUUUUUCAUUAGAUUGGUCUUCAAGAGCAGUAUUAGUUACAAUUAUUUUGGUUAUUCAGUAUAUAGUUAGCUCUUACAGUUUAGCUUUAUUCACCAUAUUUAUACUGUGGAUUCACAGCCAGAGGUAGAGGUUAUUCCAGGAGAGUUGAUGACCUUCAUUUAAAGUCCAACUAAAAUCAGUACUAGAAACAAAAGAAAACAUCCUUGCAAUAUUUACUUUUGUUUCUGUUUGCCAUAAAUAGUAACAUUGGUUUUUUUAUUUUGUGUUUGUUAUAAAACAGUUGCAUUCACAAUAUUAUUGGCCUGAGAUAUUGAUGAUAUUGUGAUGGUAUGAAAAUGUGUACAUUCCCUGUGCAACAUCAGAUUUGCAGGAAAAAUGAAGCACUUACUGAAAUCGCUGGUACUCUGAAUAAAUAAGCAUGGUCAAGGAGUGAACUAUUUUCUUUUGGAAAUUUCUUUUUAAUUUUUAUUAUUAAAGUAUAAUUUUAUUUUUAGGGCC